AUGAAUCGCUUUGGUGAUAUCGACGUUUCAUUUAAAAAACUUCCACCUAUUUAUGGUUAUCGCAGUGAAAAACUGGUUCCAAUUGAAAAAGCACUAGAACCUAUCGAGCCUCAAAUUAAUGAACUACCUUAUUACAUAAAGAUCGCUAAACGAUACUGUCAUUUUCCGUCAGAACAUGGACUAACGCAUGAUGAAUCAGCUGCUGUUUAUAUGUAUACAAUGGAAUGGGGUGAAACUACUUUGUAUCGUAUAUUAAAUAAAGCAUUACGAUCUGAAAAUCGACAAGCAUUAAAGAUAUGGUUUCCAUAUUUAAAAUUAUUUGAUACGGCAUUGGAUAAGUUACCUACUGUUAAAGAGGUGGUAUGGAGAGGUGUGCCUCUUGAUAUUGGCAAGAACUUUGCCAAAGACCAGAUUGUGACAUGGUGGAGUGUUAAUUCAUGUUCGUCAUCAGUCGAUGUUAUUAAAAAUUUUCUUGGCAGCAGCAAACAUUCAACGCUUUUUCUGAUUGAAGCUAUUUAUGGCAAAAAAAUUUCCAGAUAUACAGAAUAUGAAAAUGAAGAUGAAAUUAUUUUGCGAAUGGGCUCACAAUUUCGUGUAAAGAGUAAUCCUUUAGAUUAUUCAUAUAGUUCACAUGUCGUACAUUUUAUUGAAAUCGAUGACAACAAUGAUCAAUCAUUAACAUCGGCUAUGAAUGAAAUGCAUUCGCCUGCAAAGCCAUCAUAUAUAAAUACGUCGGUCAUUCCCAAUAUUCCAGUUGAUGUUCAAUGGACACAGAAUGGGGUGACUGUUGCUGGAGGGCACGGUCACGGUGAUUCCACCGCUCAACUUCAGGACCCUCAUGGCCUUGCCAUUGAUGAUGAUCAGACUAUCGUUGUCGCUGAUUCCUGGAAUCAUCGUGUCGUCCAAUGGAAGAUGGGCGAUACGAAUGGACAAGUAGUAGCUGGUGGCCAUGGCCAAGGAAAUCGAUUGGACCAAUUGAAUUGUCCAACCGAUGUAUUGAUCGACAAGGAGACGGAUAGUCUCAUUGUUUGUGAUUGGGGAAAUCGACGAGUCGUACGGUGGUCUCGUCGUAGUGGCACAACUCAAGGAGAAAUCCUCGUCGACAACGUCAUGUGUGCAGCAUUGGCUAUGGAUGAUCAGAGACAUCUCUACAUCUCUGAUACUGACAAGCAUGAAGUACGACAAUACCAAAUAGGAGACAGGAAUGGAACCGUCGUCGCCGGUGGUCAUGGCGAAGGUGCUGGUCUCAAUCAAAUGAACUUUCCCACCUACCUCUUUGCCGAUCAACAACAGACGAUCUACAUGUCAGACAAUAACAAUCAUCGUGUGAUGAAAUGGGACAGAGGUGCAAAAGAGGGAUUUGUCGUCGCCGGGGGUUAUGGCGAAGGCGAGGCUCUAACACAAUUGUAUAGUCCCCAUGGACUGUUCGUCGACACAUUAGGUACUACUUAUGUGGCAGACACGGGAAAUCAUCGAGUAAUGUGUUGGUCUAAAGAAGCGAAACAUGGCAUUAUCAUUGUGGGUGGAAAUGGUUACGGACAAGGCGCAAAUCAGUUGUCUAAUCCCAAAGGCUUGUCAUUCGAUCGACAUAACAAUCUGUAUGUUGUCGAUUGUGCUAAUCAUCGAGUGCAACGGUUUUCAAUCAAAUAA